GUGACUUGGAUUUUCUGUCUACCACAGACUUAACAACCGAAUGGCGUUGCUUGUGGCCACUUUCCAAUCCUUGUUUGUUUUUAAAGGCACACAUUAUUAUUAUUAUUAUUGUUAUUAUUAUUAAUGGCUUUAUAAAUAUGCACUAAGAAAUGUUGAGAUAGAAAUUGUGUUUUUUGAAGUGACUCGCAGGAUUUUAAGACAUCAGCAGAAUACCUUGACAUCCGAACUCUGAAAGACUACGCAAACCGACACACUUUUAACUGACCUCUAGCACUUCAAAUGAGGAAUGUCCGCGUGAAUCUGACUACUCAAGGUUGUUGAAAUAAAAGAGGGUUGGAUUUAAUUGCAUGGGAUUGAAGUGAGCUUGAUAAGUAAGUCUUGUGUUUUCUUGUCUACUUACUUCCACUGCCACGCAUAUAUAUUUUGUCACAUUUUGAUUGUGCUUCGUACUCAAAUUUAGGUUUAAAAAUGUCUCAGCCGAGAUUUACUAGAGUAGUAGAUACAGUGGUAUCAUAUCCCUAUAUGGAGUGUUUUUUCUUACUGCCAUUGGAGUAAUUGCUUCUGUGAACUUAUUGUUCAUCUUGUGUUAAUGAGGUAUGGCAACUUGAACUGAUGCAUAUAUGUGUCUGGUUCUACGUUGUAGCUGACUGGCUGACUCAACUAUCUACUAGGAAGCUUCAUGUUAUUAGUGAAAUGUAUUUAUUGUGAAACGUCAAGCAUGAUGUAAUACAAACACCAAAGAGCUUAGAUUUCUAUUUCAUGAAAUCUUAGGGCAUUCAAAUUGAAUUUAAAGGAUGUAAGACCGCGGAUAGAUAAUUCAUUCGUGGCUCAGUUUUUUUUAUUUAUUUUAACACAUAGAUAUUGGAACAGGGAGGCACCGAAUACAUAUAAGCCACACAAGUCACUUGGUUUGUGAGUAGGCUGUAAUACUGCCCGGGUGCCCAAACCGAAUCAGGUGGUUUUCUUAGGGGGCCACACCCAGAGCCUUCGACCUGAAGGUCUGAUCCACAGGGCAGUGGAGCAUCGUAAGGAGAUGCAGUCCCAUGGAAGCCGGUGACCAACGAUUGGUCCACAGGCCAUUUGUUACUUCAGGAUACUGGAGCCCAUGUGCACCACUGGUUUGAAAUCAGGGUUUUCCAACUCCCCAUAGGUGUGUACAAGAUGUGAACUACUGGCUGGUGCAUAAAUAAAUUUUCAAUCUUACACUUCCUGAGUCAAUCCAUACCAGUCUUUUUCUAUUUAUCUAAGUAGAAAGAAACUAGCGUCCGCAGAAUACUUAUAAUCUACUCGUUUCCAUUGUCUUCCGUGUCGAGGUAAUUUAAUCUAUUCAACACUAUUGUUUGUUAUGAAGCAUCUGGUACAGGUAUUUUGUCGACUUUCAGUUGUUACAUCAUAAAGUAAAAUUUUGUACCAUUUAUUAGGACUUGAUUGCUACAUAGAGUUUUUAGCACCUGUAAUCUUUUAAGCUAUGUGUGAUUACUGAUUACUGGUUAUUCUUUACAAAAAAUAUUUUGUAGGUAAAUAAACCAUUUGUUAUGUUUAGGAAUCUAAAACUUACUUAUCGUGUUUUCAUUUUCUCUAAAUUGUUCAGAUUUCUUUGUUCUAUUUUGGAUUGAUUGGACUCAUUUUUAUCAUGUGUUGUGAACCAGUACAUUUUCAGUUACGGUUGUUGACUUCCUAACUACUGUUUACCAAGUAUGAUAAUUGUAAUUAACUCUGUUUCUACUCACGUGUUUAGGUUGAGUAAUGACAAUUUCGUCGAUAGUAGAGCAUAGUAGCCACAUAUGUAGCCGAUUUCAAGUCACGCCUAAUUCAUUCAGCUUUAAUCGUCAAUAUACCCAGAUCUAUUUGGCACGUCUUACUGCAGCCAAGGCAGUGUUGAAAACGUUGGCUGAACAGAGAUGGUCAACUUCAUCUACAAAAUCUGAGGCUUCGCAUUUCCCCGUUAGAACAUUAGCUGAGCUAAAUGGAGAUGAAAAAUGCAUAAUAAUCGGCACACUUUUCAAGGAAAUGCGUUUAAAACCUAGUGUACUACAUGAUAUUGCAGCCGUAGAAAUUGAAAAUGUUGAAUCAGACAUUCGCAUUUCUUCAACUGAUACUCACUCUUUGGUUCAUCUCACAUCGGACGAUGAUUUACUUUUUCUUGAAGAUGAAGUACAACGUAUUGCUUUGAGUUUUUGUAGCCAGAUUUCAAAACUUUGGUCUCCAGCUAAUCUGGUUACAGGAGUUGUAGUUGCAGCUCUUGGUUACGAGCCUGAAUCUCAACCCGGUUCUUUCUACAUUGAAGACAUGUUAUUCUUAGAACCUCAACCUGAAAAACCUAUUCAUGUUCAAGAAAUUUCCCAUAUUGACGUUAACACAACAGAUUUUCGCAACUCUGGACCUUGGGUUGGUGUUGUUAGUGCCUUAGGUUUUGCUGGUAAUGGUCAAGUAAAACCGGGACAUUCAAUAGCUCUUCAACUUCUUGCCGAUUGGAUACGUUGUGCUGGAGACUUCCAUGGUUCAUCAGAGUUACACACUGACUCUGGUUUGAUACAUCUUCUGAUUUUGGGUGAUUCAAUUCAAGCAUCAAAAUCAAGUAUAGAUAAUGAUGGUGAUAAGUGCACUCCAGCUGUACGUCUUACACAGCGUGCUCGCUACUUAACUCGUAAUGCCGAUGCAGAAACUGUGACCGCUAUGGCUCGUUUUGAUCAGUGGUUAGCCAGUCUCCCUAUAGGAUCAGGUUGUAAAGAUAAUGGCACUGAUUUUAAUGGUAUAUCGAUAGAUUUGUUGCCGGGACCAUCUGAUCCUACUUCAGUCCUCAUGCCACAACAACCGAUUCAUUCAGCCGCCUUACCUUGUGCCGUUUCUCGUUCUGGUGGUGUUGGCAGUGGAAGUUUAUGUGGUCGAACAAAUCCUUAUAGUUUUAUGUUGAGAAAUCGAAAUAUUCUGGCUACUUCUGGUCAGGGUGUAAAUGAGUUAUAUAGAUAUACAAAAUUAGAGAAUGCUUGUGACAGGAUGGAAGCUACUUUACUGUGGGGUCACUUAGCUCCUACUUGUCCUGAUACUCUUGGAGGGUAUCCGAUGACCAAUGUCGAUCCACUUCUUCUCCGUUCAUCUUCCACUUCAUCUGCUCAAAACUUUAGUCCUGACUAUCCUGACAUAUACAUAGCUGGUUGUCAAUCUGAAGAUCAGCCAUCUUGGCGACGUGCUCGCUUAAAGUGGAGUGAGGAGAUAGAUAAAAAUAACUGUGGUUGCUUAUUGGUAUCCGUACCACGUUUUGAUUCGACUUUCUCUUUCGUACUUAUCAACUUAAAAUCACUUGAUUGUCGUGUAGUUCGCUUUGAUUCAAGUUUGUUAGAUGAAAAUUGAUGACAAGAGUAUAAAUAUAUCAUCUUACUUUU